AGUACUUUUUUGAAAUGGAGAGGCGAUACAUCGUUUUCGUCUUUUUGGCAUUUUCUCUUCAAACUGCAGUGUGUAGCGGAUUUAGCAAUUUUGAUUACUGCAAUGGAACUUCUUGGAUAAGGUUUAACGGCAACUGCUACAAUUUUGAAUAUUCGUACAACAAGCGUGUUUCCUACUACGAUGCCGAAGACUUCUGCAGAGCUCAGAGCGCUCAUCUGGCUUCCAUACACUCGGAUGAGGAACAAGAAUUCCUUCUGAAGACGAUGGAGAGCGGCCGCUUCGGAGGAAGGUUAUGGAUUGGAUACAAUAUUUUAGAUGGAGACGACAAACCCCAAUGGUCAGAUGGCACUCCUGUAGAUUACCAGAAAAGGAUACCGAAAGAAUAUUACGUGAAUGAGAAAUGCUUCAUCAUGUUUUUGAGCAAAAGAGGUUGGAGGCCAGAGCAUUGCUCGUUACACUACGCGCCGAUUUGCAAGCGGCCGGAAGGUUCCAUUCCAACAACGAUUCCUCCCCCGACCACCCUGCAACCAAUUUCGGGGGGCUGUCCGAAAGAUUGGAUUCAAUUUGGGCAAAAAUGCUAUAAGUAUUUCGGACAGGAGGAAAAGGACCGACUUAAGUACAAAGAAGCCACCCAAGCCUGCUGGGCUCUAGGGAAAGGUCACGACCUGGUGUCAAUCCACAGCAUGGAGGAACAAGCUUUUUUGACCCAACAUUUGAACGAACUCGGUACAUCAGCAUGGAUCGGUAUGAGGCAAGUCACUUCGGACGAGAUUGGUCACGAUUUGGUAUUUGGUUGGAUCGACAACUCUAGAACCGUCUUCACCAAUUGGGACAAAGGACAUCCUCCCCCAGGUACCUGGAAAUAUUGUGCUCGAUUGAGCUAUGAAGGAGUUUCUAAAGGAGAAUGGCUCGCUGAUUACUGUGAAAUUGAUAAAAAGGGUUACAUUUGCCAAAGAAGGUCAGAUCCCAACCUUCCGACACCAACUCCUGAACCAAGUGAUUGCAGAAAUGGCUUUCAAAAAUUCAGAAACUCUUGUUAUCGCUUUGUCUCUGUUCCACAAAAUCAGAAAGCAGCCGAGGAAAAAUGUCAGCAUCUUGGUGCCCAUUUGGUAUCAGUUACAGAUAGCUUUGAGCAAGCUUUCUUGUACAAUUUUAUUGGACAUAAGUCACAAUCUGUAUGGACUGGAUUGAGAAAUGUUCAGGGUUUACAGUAUUUGCGUUGGGAAGACAAGCAACCUUUAUACUAUUCGAAUUGGGCCGAUAAAAGACCUGUUGUUUCUUCCGAUAGUUGCUUCUCGAUGGACUCGUCGAACGACUUUAAAUGGAAUGUUACAGAUUGCUCCGCUGCUUUGCCAUACAUCUGCAAAAUUUCUAAAGAUGCUCCACCGCAGAUUCCUGAAGUGAUUGGAAAAUGUCCAGAAAACGAACCUUCAUGGAUCGAUAUAGGAGAUGAAUUUUGCUACCACGUCCCCUCAACCCCAAAUGCACUCAGUUGGGACUCUACUUCUCGAUACUGCUUAACGAAAGGAAUGAAAAUGAUUAAAGUCAACUCAGAUCAUCAGACAAACUCUUUGGUGGCCUAUUUAUGGAAACAUGACCGGCCUGUUCAUCUAAGCCUCAUUCGUUCUUUCGAUAAAAGUUCGUUCCUCUGGACCGACGGUUCCCCUUUGAAUUACAUCAACUGGGAAGAACGCGAACCCAGUUCCUGGUCUAGCGAUAAAGACUGCGUGGCUUUCUCGCAGACGACAGGGAAAUGGAAACCGAUUCAUUGUGCAGAAGCAGGUGUUCCUAUUUGCCAACUUUCAAAAACAACCACCAGGGUGAAGUGAAUGAGUGUGGAAAGUGAAGUUAGAUUUUCUGCUAUUUAUUUCCGUCAAUUUAAAUAAAUUGAUUCCUUCC